AUGCAAGAAUCAAUAGCUGAAAUGAAAAGAACCAUAACGGAAUUAUUUGGACCAUCGGCCUAUCUUAUCAACGACAUUAAAAAAGAAAAAUUCAAAAAGGAGUAUAGAGUUGCAUACCAUUUUUUCCAAGAGAAACCUGUUAACGGUGGGAGACCAACAUGGAAAUCUAUUAUAGAAAGCGACAAAUCUUUGGUCAUCACCGCUGUGCGUUCUCAAGCACCUUCGCCUGAUGAUCCAGCAAAGAAUGUUCCAUGGCUAGUAACCCAAGCCACUCAUAAUGAAGGUCCAGGUGCUUUCUCUGAUGUAACCUAUAUACUUCGUAUUGCCACUUAUGGCGGAAUUGCACCACCAGCUAGUGAUUGUGGUACCAAAUAUAAAGAAGGUCAAGAACUUAGUAUUUACUAUACAACUCAAUAUUGCAGCGAAACCGGAAACAGUAGUAGUAGUAUUGGAAGAAAGAAUAGUGAUGGUCAUUUGAUUGCUGAAGAAUUGUUAACAAGAUUAGAAUUAUAUGGUGUGUGUAAAGAAUGUCUAAGGCCAAAAACAGGAUGGUUCUGGUGUCUUGAUGCCUUCUGGUAG